UAAAAUAUAUUAUUGAGUUUAAAAUUUGUUAUUUAUUAAUUUUUGAAUAUUUUGUGGCAUAUUUAUACGUUGUCAUGGAGACGGCUCGUGAUUGAUUUAACGGAAACCAAAGAAAUAAUAAUCGUAAUAAUUAAGUAGUCGUAGGGUAGAGAGAUUUGUGAUAAAAUUUUAAAGGGAUUGUGUGCAAUGGAAGAAAAUUCAUUUUCUGAUGAUAAAAUAAAGGCUUUGGAAAAUUUGUCGCUGGAUAAAAAUGUUACGGAAGAGGAAUUUUCAAAUUUUAUGCAACGCGUUACUGAAGUCGAGAAAAUUGUGAAAAAAUUAAAUUCGAAUGACUGCAAGGUUCAAGAAGAAGGAAAAAUUUUAGCGGAUUACAUUUUGGAGGGAAAUAAAAAUUUUGAUACCAAAGAUGCCGAUGGUCUGAAAAUAAAAGCAAACAGAACAGUAAUAAAUAAAUAUUUAAAAAAUGAAACCGACGCAAAUGAAAUGCCUAGAGACGCUUUUAUGAAAACAAUGGAAGCGGAUGCUAAGAGACGUUCAGAGGAUCGGAAAGUUCGUAAUGAGCGGGCAGAUACGUUUAAGAGAAUAGGAAACGGCGCAUUCGGAGUCGGAGAUUUUGAAAAAGCGGUGACUUAUUAUGGGAAAGCUAUUGAGCAGCGUAAAGACAGCGCUGUUAUAUGGAACAAUCGCGCGCUUUCUUACAUCAGACUCGGGCUGUAUGAAAAAGCUCUGCAGGACUGCGAGUGGGCUCUGAAGGUCAAUGACUCAAAUAUAAAAGCUCUUUUGAAUAGCGCCAAGUGCUAUGCUUACUUAGGAAACGACAAAAAACGCGAUGAGUUCAUCGAACUCGCGAAAGAACGUGUUCCCAAAUUUUCAAAUUACAUCAAAGAUUUUGAAAAGGCAUUGAAAGAAAAUCCUAAUGAUGAAGAAAUUAUUUAAUUAUUACAAUUAAUUAACAGUAAAAAUAAUUAUUUUAAAAAAUUACCAAUUAUUAUAAAUAUAAUUCUUCAAUAAAUUUGUCACGACUCC